AAUAUUAAAACAGCAUAUGGUUCAAUUCAAAAUAAACUUUCUUCGAAGGAAAUGUUUAUUGAUUGAUACAGAAUUCGCGUAAUCUCCGUAAUGCAGCGCGUAUAUUAAUUCUAGCAAGCUCUGACAGGAAAUUAUGUUUUCAAAGGAAUAUCUAGUUGGCAUUAGCUCUCGAUAGUGCAGAGAGGUGUUCAUAGCGGAUAUAAAUGAGCGAAAAUCUUGAAACGAUGGCGGACAAAGAGAACAAAAUGGACAAAUUAAAGAAGAACUUCAUAAGAAUCCAAGGUAAAAUACAAGAUAGAAUGGAUGAUAUACACGAUCAAGUACAGAACAGAAUAGAGAGAUCGAAAAUUUCACGAUUCGUGUCACAUAUAUCUUCGGAAGAGAGAAGUUCAGUAGAAGAUAAUCAAGAAGAAAAAGAAGACGGUGCUUAUACUGAAUGCGUAGAAGUUCGAGAAAACACGAGUAGAAUUCCACAUGUUGUUGUAGAUGAGCCUCCUGGUACGAACCAAGAUCCUAAGGAUAUCUGUAAGCACUUUAUAUGUAUUGAAAAGGAAAAUGUUCUGUACAAGAAGAGAAGUAAAUCAGUCACAAAUCUGUCAUAUGACGAUGAAUCAAACGAUUACAGUUCCACAGACUCCUGCGUCUCCUGUUUAUCAUCUAGCGAUGAAAGUACCUGCUCAAAAAUACUAGGAUAAACGAUGUGAACAAGAGGCUCAAAGCACAAAUAUGGAGUUCAGUGGUGACUAUAGUAUUAGUCGAAGCCAAAAACCUCUCGGC